CGGCACCGUGUCGAUAGGUGGCGGUAGUGAACACUGAGGCGAUUCUGAGCUGUUGGGGAAAAAAACAACAAAAACAGCCAGCAGAAAAGCACAGAACCAAGAUGGCGGUGCAGGAGACAGCAGCCCAGCUGUCCAUGGCUCUGAAGGUCCAGGAAUAUCCCACCCUGAAGGUUCCGUAUGAGACCCUGAACAAACGGUUCCGAGCGGCCCAGAAGAACAUCGACCGGGAGACUAGUCACGUGACCAUGGUGGUGGCGGAGUUGGAGAAGACGCUCAGCAGCUUCCCGGUGGUUGACUCCGUGGUGUCGCUGCUGGACGGAGUGGUGGAGAAACUCAGCGCCCUGAAGAGGAAGGCUGCUGAGUCGAUUCAAGCGGAGGAUGAGAGCGCCAAGCUGUGUAAGCGUCGCAUUGAGCACCUGAAGGAGCACAGCAGCGACCAGCCAGGUUCGGUCAACCUGUGGAAGAAGAAACGCAUGGACCGCAUGAUGGUGGAGCACCUGCUGCGCUGCGGCUACUACAACACCGCCGUCAAGCUGGCCAGGCAGAGCGGCAUAGAGGAUCUGGUGAACAUCGAGAUGUUCCUCACAGCAAAGGAGGUGGAGGAGUCUUUGGAGAGGCAGGAAACGGCCACCUGCCUCGCCUGGUGCCAUGACAACAAGUCCCGCCUCCGCAAGAUGAAGAGCUGUCUGGAGUUUAGUCUGAGAAUUCAGGAGUUUAUUGAGCUCAUCAGGCAGAACAAGCGCAUGGAUGCAGUGCGACAUGCAAGGAAGCAUUUCAGUCAGGCAGAAGGAGGGCAGCUGGAUGAGGUCCGGCAGGUGAUGGGAAUGCUGGCCUUCCCAUCAGAUACACACAUCUCCCCCUAUAAGGAUCUUCUGGAUCCGGCUCGCUGGAAGAUGCUGAUCCAGCAGUUCAGAUACGACAACUACAGACUCCACCAGCUGGGAAACAACUCUGUGUUCACCAUCACCCUGCAGGCCGGCCUGUCCGCCAUCAAGACUCCUCAAUGCUACAAGGAGGACGGCUCCUCUAAAAACCCAGACUGCCCCGUUUGCAGCAAAUCUCUGAACAAGUUGGCACAGCCGCUGCCGAUGGCUCACUGCGCCAACUCCAGGCUGGUGUGUAAGAUCUCUGGGGAGGUGAUGAACGAGAACAACCCGCCCAUGAUGCUGCCCAACGGAUACGUCUACGGCUACAACUCCCUGCUGUCCAUCCGCCAGGACGACAAAGUGGUCUGUCCCAGAACCAAAGAGGUGUUCAGCUUCUCUCAGGCAGAGAAGGUCUACAUCAUGUGAUCACAUCCUCCACCGUGACCACUCAGUGGAGCUGUGACCUUUCACCCCAGUAGAUUACUUCCUCUUCCUGACACAGCUGGGCUCUUCUUCUUUCAGACUGUUUAGAUGUGACUAGGAGUUGUUCGACCUGAUCCAUUCAAGCACACGGACAUUUUCAUUAUCUUAAAGGCCUUUACUCUGAAUAUUAGAGUCUAGAGGAAAAAGGACUGAGUGAAACUGUUAGUUAGAUGUUUGAUUUUACUACAACAAAUAAAAAAAGAACUUGUAAAGGA